AUGUCGAAGAGACCAGCAGAGCUUCCAUUGGACCAGAACUCCGUUGGCUCGCCCGCGUCGAAAAAGGCGCGCGUGGAGGACGAAAUUAAAGACGACUCUCGCGGCAGCGCGACGCGCGCGCGACGACUCAGUGGCCGGGAGCAAGAACAAGACGAUCGCAAUGGCUAUGACAUCCUCGCAGCGGCCGAUCUAGAAGGAGAGGAGCUGCAGGAAGGUGCACAGGAUGACCUGGGGUCCUCAGACAUAGAUGAAGACGCUUCCGCCCUCAGCGCCCCGAAGCGACAGACUCAACCAGUAGAAGGUUAUGGCGACCUCUAUCUCGACACGGUGAACCGCGGAAUCCUGGACUUCGACUUCGAAAAACUGUGCUCUAUCAGUUUGUCAAACAUCAAUGUUUACGCAUGCCUCGUAUGUGGUAAAUACUUCCAAGGCCGCGGCCUCAAAUCUCAUGCCUAUUUUCACGCUCUAGAGAUCGGACACCAUGUCUUCAUCAAUAUGGGCACUAAGAAAGUCUAUGUCUUACCGGAAGGCUACGAGGUGCAGAGCAAGAGCUUAGACGAUAUCAAAUAUGUGGUCGAUCCACACUACAGCAAGGGCGAUGUUACGAAGCUCGACAAAGAGGUCAUCGAUGCCUGGGAUUUAUCAGGAUCUCGAUACCGACCAGGAUUUGUUGGAAUGAAUAACAUUAAAGCCAACGACUACCUGAAUGUCGUAGUUCAACUUCUGGCACACGUCCAGCCAAUCCGCAAUUUCUUCUUAUUGCACGACUUUCCUACACCAGGGACACCAGAGAUCGUACUUCGCUUCAGUACCCUGGUGCGCAAGUUAUGGAACCCAAAGGCAUUCCGAUCUCAUGUGUCUCCUCAUGAACUGCUGCAGGAAAUUUCUAUGAAGUCUGCCAAGCGCUUCACUCUCAGCGAACAGUCAGACCCUGUUGAUUUUCUGUCGUGGUUCCUCAACACUCUUCAUCUCUCUUUGGGCGGCUCGAAAAAGCCGUCGCCGAAUCCGACCAGUGUGAUUCACGCCGCUUUCCAGGGCCGCGUCCGAAUUGAAAGCCAGGAUAUUACUGCGCACUCCGAUACCCAAAAUGCGCGCCUGGUCUUCACUGAAUCCGGCGAUAUCAACAGCAAAGUCACCCCUUUCCUCGUCUUAACGCUUGAUUUGCCACCCACGCCACUAUUCCAAUCUGUCAACAGGGAAUCCAUUAUUCCGCAGAUUCCUCUCACAACCCUUCUCAACAAAUAUAACGGACUCACAGCUUCCGAGAAACUUGCCCAGCGUGUCCGUCACCGCCUCCUCCACCCUCUUCCACCAUUCCUCCUCUUCCACAUCAAGCGCUUUAGCAAGAACCGCUUUGUCUCCGAGCGCAAUCCAACUAUUGUCACAUUCCCAUCACCAAACUCUCUCGACAUGUCUCCCUAUGUCGAGCCAAAUCCUGAAGUUUGGCCCCCAGGAGAGCCAAUCAUGUAUGAUCUUGUCGCAAACAUCAUCCUUGAUCCCAGUAUUGCUGCGCCCGGAGCCACUGAGGAUUCUGUACAGAAAGGCGUCAAUGCGGCAUCUGGAGAAGGUGGUUCUUCUGCAGGUGCUGGCGCGGGCAGUGAGAAGGUCUCUUGGCUGGUUCAGCUUCAUGAUAAGGCCAUGGGUGCUGAAAACAAUCGCCAGCAGGGUGGCACUGAGGGAAAGCAGCAGCAGCGUGGCGCCGAGUGGCUUGAAGUUCAAGAUCUGUUCACUAAGCGUGCCGAGAGCGAGACUCUGUUUACUCGUGAAGGUUACUUGAUGGUUUGGGAGCGGAGGAAGUCCCCUGGUAAGAAAGGAAAGGGACGUGCUUGA